AAUACUUAAGCUCCAAUAUUAAUGUAGAAAAGAAGGAUAAGUUUUUAUCGCCUUUCAUUGCCAUCCGGAGUGCAGCUUCUAUGCAAUUCGGUUGCAACGGUACAGCGUGUAAUUGCGCAUUUCAACAGACGUCCAACGACAGCCAUGUGUAUGAGUGUCUCUCGAGUUCACCCGAAUGCGAUUCCAAUCUCGAGCUGCGUCAUGGUCAUAGAUACGGUAACGGAUUUCGCGGCGCCUGCAAGAGGAAGUCUGAUAGUAGCGCGAUGAGUGAAGAGCCCAAAGUUCAUCAUCAUCAACCAUUCGUGAGAUCGACUUCGUUGCCAUAUUGUGGCAGCGAGACCGAAAGCGAGCUUUACGCUCCGUAUACCUUUUAUACUGGCGACGAGGGCGCGGAAGAGGAUCAGGAUUGGAAGGAUGACGAGCCACGGAUGGGUCGCUUAAGGCAACGCAGAAGACGUACCAUCUUUCAUCGGAGCCUCGAAGAUAAUUACGGCGCAGUGAUCGUAGCGAAUCAUGAAGCACUUGCUCAAUUUCUUGAACAAGUGUGUAUCAGGUUAUCACUGUUAUUGUUAUAUCAACUAACUUGA